AUCCAAACCGAAUUAAUCUAGUUCCAAGUGGAUCAUCAUAUUCAAUCUUAAAUACUUCAGAUACAAAUACAGAUACAAAUAAUCUAUUUCCUGAUAUAACAGUUUCUCAAUCAAUUGAUGUUGAUAGUGUCACUGACAAUUAUUUUUCUCAUUUUUGGAAAUCCGUUGAAAAAGCACAAUCUUCGAGUGAAGUUGCAGUUUUGAGACACCGAGCUGGCUUAAUUGCGGACUUUGAAACUCUUGAGAAACCGCUUGGAAUGACACGUGAAGAUCGACGUUAUAUAUAUUAUAUAGGAAAAGCCAAUUACCAAGUGGCCUGGCUAGAAGAAGCUGAAAAUUAUCGAUCAACCCAUCAUGCUUUGCUAGGCUAG